GGAAGUUUUGGAGCCGGACAGAAAGCUAACACACGCGGUUAUGGCUUGAGUUCUCGCGUUAAACUCUCGCGUUAAGUUCUGACGUUAAAAAAAGAAAUAACGAGACGAAGAGGGGGAGCGCGAGCCGGCGAGCAAUUCUGCAGCUUUUUCUUCUUCUUUUACGUGGCGCAAAAUUUCCGAGUGGAAACUCCGCUCUGUAGUCCGGAUAGAAACAUCAGCACCAGCAGUUUCAGUAGUUAGCGUGUGUAUGUGUGUGCGUGUAAGAGAGAUAGAGAGAAAGAGAGAGCGCGCGAGCGCGCGCAGGACUGUAGGAGUGUGUUGGAUGAUGGAGAGGAAGAUCGGGAUGAUGCGCUCGGGAUGCAUCCGGCUUCUCUGGAUCUUCAGCAUCAGCAUCAGCGCUCGCGCUGCUUCUCCAUCCACCCAGAAAUGUGAUGAAGCGCUGGCCACGCCCCUUUCCCAUAGUGCCUUCAGCAGCUCGUCGGUGUUCACCACCGGAUACACUCCUGAAUAUGCCAAACUGAACAGGAGAGGAGGUGCUGGAGGCUGGUCUCCUCUCGACACUGAUCAUUACCCAUGGCUGCAGGUGGACCUGGGAAGCAGGAAGCAGGUGACUUCGGUCGCCACUCAGGGUCGAUACAGCAGUUCGGACUGGACCACACGCUACCGACUGCUCUACAGCGACACGGGCAGGAACUGGAAACCCUACCAUCAGGAUGGAAACAUCUGGGCAUUUACAGGAAACUCCAAUACGGAGAGUGUGGUCCGUUACGACCUUCAGCAUGUUAUCGUGGCUCAAUUUCUACGCUUCAUCCCUCUGGAAUGGAGUGAAGAAGGUCGGAUAGGCCUGAGGAUAGAGAUCUAUGGCUGCAUGUACUGGGCCGAUGUGAUUAACUUUGAUGGCCAGGGAGUGAUCUCCUACCGUUUUAAGAUGAAGAAGAUGAAGAUCCUGAAGGACGUGAUAGCGCUAAAGUUUAAGACGGCUGAGAGUGAUGGAGUGAUCCUGCAUGGCGAAGGUCAGCAGGGUGAUUACAUCACGCUGGAGCUGAGGAGAGGAAGACUGGUGCUCCAGAUAAACCUGGGCAGCAACCAGUACGGCUCCAUCCUGGGCCACACGUCUGUGAGCAGCGGCAGCCUGCUGGAUGAUCAUCACUGGCACUCGGUGGUGAUCGAGCGCCACAGGAGAAACGUUAACUUCACCCUGGAUCUUCACACGCAGCACUUUCGCACCAACGGAGAGUUUGAUCACCUCGACCUCGAUUAUGAGCUGAGUUUUGGAGGGAUGCCGUACUCAGGAAAACUCAUCUCAGGAGGCAGGAGAAAUUUCAAAGGCUGCAUGGAGAGCAUCAACUAUAACGGUGAAAAUAUCACAGACCUGGCUAGAAGGAAAAAAGUGGACACAUCCAGCUUCCGCAAUUUGACAUUCUCCUGUGUGGAAUCUCACACCUUCCCGAUUUCCUUCAACGCCACGAGUUUCCUGCAGCUGCCUGGUAGAAGGGAGACUAACAUGGUGUCUGUGAGCUUCCAGUUCCGCACGUGGAACUCUAACGGCCUGCUGGUGUUCAGCUCGCUGGCUGACGGCAUGCUGGAGCUCACUCUGAAAGACGGAAAAGUCACUGCACACAUCAGCAUCCAGCAGCAGAAGAACCUGGGUGUAGACAUGACCUCAGGGUCAGGGCUGAAUGAUGGAGAAUGGCAUGAUGUUCGCUUCAUGGCCAAAGACAACUUCGCCAUGCUGACAAUCGACGGAGAUGAAGCCUCCGCUGUGAAGACCAACACACCCAUUCAGAUCACCACUGGAGGAACGUACCACUUUGGAGGUUAUUUCCUGCAGACCCAGGCGUCUCCGUCGCAGCGCUCGUUUCAGGGCUGCAUGCAGCUUAUCCACGUGGACGAUCAGCUAGCCGACCUUGCAGCUAUGGAGCAGGGCAUGCUGGGAGCGUUUGAGAAUGUCAGCUUGGACACGUGUGCCAUCAUGGACAGAUGCUUGCCUAAUCACUGUGAGCAUGGAGGAAGGUGCUCUCAGACCUGGGACAGUUUCAGCUGCUCGUGUGACGGCACCGGAUACACCGGAGCCACCUGUCACACGUCUGUCUACGAGCAGUCGUGUGAGGCUUAUAAGCACAUGGGGAAAUCUUCAGAAGUCUACUGGAUCGAUCCUGACGGCAGCGGACCUCUAGGGCCCUUCAGAGUCAUUUGCAAAAUGACAGAGGAUAAGGUAUGGACAACGGUGUUGAACAACCUGCCUGCUCAGACGGCCGUGUCGGGUUCGAGCAGGGACAGACGCACUGUGCUGCAGCUGAACUACAGCGCCACCAUGGAGCAGAUCAACGCCAUUACAGAUGUCGCUGAGCACUGUGAGCAGCACGUCACCUACACCUGUCGCUCAUCACGCCUACUCAACACUCCAGAUGGGACUCCAUACACAUGGUGGGUUGGCAGAGGGAAUGAGAAACACUUCUACUGGGGCGGCUCAGCGCCAGGGGUUCAGAAAUGUUCCUGUGGCAUCGAGCACAACUGCAUCGACCCCAAACACCACUGCAACUGCGACGCAGAUCAGAAACAGUGGAGAGAGGAUUCAGGGCUUCUGGUAUAUAAGGAUCAUUUACCCGUGAGCGAGGUAGCUGUAGGCGACACAAAUAGACCCGGAUCAGAGGCCAAGCUCACGGUGGGACCUCUGCACUGUCACGGAGACCGUAGUUACUGGAACGCUGCUUCCUUCAACACGCCGUCCUCCUACCUUCACUUCUCCACCUUCCGAGCUGAAACCAGCGCUGAUAUUUCCUUUUACUUCAAGACCUCUGCGCCUCACGGGGUUUUCCUGGAGAAUCUGGGCAGUACCGAUUUUAUCCGACUGGAACUGAAAUCACCCAAUGUUGUUACCUUUUCCUUCGACGUCGGGAACGGGCCCGUGGAGCUGAAAGUUCACUCUCCCACGCCUCUAAACGACGACCAGUGGCAUCGAGUCAGCGCCGAGAGAAAUGUCAAAGAGGCCGUGCUUCAGCUGGAUCAGCAAUACAGACAGGUUCGAGCUGCACCUGCACAGGGACACACACGCCUGGAGCUCUACAGUCAGCUGUAUGUGGGCGCAGCAGGAGGACAGAGAGGCUUCCUCGGAUGCAUCCGCUCCCUGAAGAUGAACGGCGUGACCCUCGACCUGGAAGAAAGAGCAAAGGUCACUCCUGGAGUGAAACCCGGAUGUUCGGGUCACUGCACCAGUUUCGGGAUGUACUGCCGCAACGGAGGGAAGUGUGUAGAGAAGUACAACGGCUACUCGUGUGACUGCAGCGACACGGCUUACGACGGACCCUUCUGCACUAAAGACGUGGGAGCUUUCUUCGAGUCAGGGACGCUGGUUCGUUAUAACCUGGUCCCGGAAAUGAGUUCCUCGGUGUCCGGCAUGGACGGAAAAGAUUCGAGCCAUUCUCUGUCCACAGACUUAAACCUGACCCGAGAGGAUGUAAGCUUCAGCUUCAGCACAUCCAGCACUCCCAGCAUCCUUCUCUACAUCAGCUCAAGGAGCCAAGACUACAUGGCUGUGGUGCUGCAACGUAACGGUUCACUCCAGCUGCGUUAUAACCUCGGUGGCCUUCUCGAGCCCUUCGCUGUCGAUCUGGAUCAGCGCAAUUUGGCCAACGGACAGCCGCACAGUGUCAAUAUCACGAGAACAGAAAGAGAAAUCCACGUCCAGCUGGACCACUACCCUUUGGUCAGCUACACCCUACCUGAAGCCUCAGACAUUCAGUUAAACCUGGUCAAAUCCCUCUUCCUAGGAAAAGUCUACGAAACCGGUCCUAUCGACCCAGUGCUGAUAGAGAAGUAUAACACUCCUGGCUUCGUAGGCUGUUUCUCUAGAGUGCAGUUUAACAGAAUCGCUCCUCUGAAGGCGGCUCUUCGUUCGCGGCCCGCUGUUUCCGUCUCGCACCAGGGCAAACUGGUCGAGUCCAACUGUGGAGCGUCUCCCCUUACUGUCUCACCGAUGUCCACUAACACUGACCCCUGGCACCUGAAUGCAGGUGCUGAUUUCCCAUUCAAUGAGGAGAGAGUCGUGCCAGAUGGGGUGAACAGGAAUUCAGCGGUAAUUGGAGGCAUCAUUGCUGUGGUGAUCUUCACCAUCCUGUGCACUCUGGUGUUCCUGAUUCGCUACAUGUUCCGCCACAAGGGAACGUACCACACCAACGAAUCCAAAGGAGAAGAGCGAUUCGAAUCGGCUGAUACGGCCAUCAUCAGCGCGGAACCCAAUUUCACAGAGACCAUCGAAGAAAACAAGAAGGAAUGGUUCAUCUAAAGCAUCUCUGACGAAGAAUGUACAAACUGUUUGAGACUCUCACGAGGAUCGGGAACAAGUGAAACCCCUUUCCUUUGCGACACUUUUUAUUUCUUCUCCUUUCUUGCUCCCUUCCUUUCUCUGUGUGUUUCUUUGUUCCUCUUUCUCCGUCUAUCCUCCGUCUGCCAGUGGAUCAUCAAGGCAGAUUCAGUGAGUGCUUUUUGAUGGUCUCUUCGUUUCUGGCUGCUUGUGAAGCUGUGUGGUCGUAAAGGACGGAUGUGACUAAGAAUGGGGACUACAGUGACUUGGUGGACUCAGGCCUGGCUUUCUGUAGCUCCUGUGCUCAAGAGGAGAAUAUGAAGACCAAGUCAAGUAGGGAUGAUGCUCUGAACGCAUCUCCUCUGAGCAGGAAGUGCAGAUCUCUAAAGCCCAUUCUUUGGACAUUCAGUAGUUCUACUGACAGGGAGGCCAUAUCCAAGACUUCACACUAAUCGCCGGUGCCUGAGUCCUUUGAUUUGGAACCUUUUAGGUCUCACUAAUCUAUGGGACAAUCUAGAAAGAUAGAGAGUUUAAAGAAAUCCACGUGUUUAGAUAUAUUGGCAAGAUGAACUUCACAGUGACAUCAUGAUGCUGUAACCCUGACUGGUCAGAGUGUUUUGUCCCAGCACUCACCCCAGAGUGCUGUUUCAUAAAAAAAUGCUGUGCAUUUGUUAAACACAAUAUCUUUACAAUAUGGUUCUUUUGUGUUCUUUUGUAAUUAGCAUGUACAAGGCUAUAAUGGUACAGGUAUGCAAUGGUAUGAUGAUGUACUCUAUGUCUAUAAUUAUUGUAUUGGUCCAGACUGUAAUUUGUAGACAAUUCUUGCUGUUCGUUUCAAUAAACCCACAAUUACAAUGGCUUACUUGGAUCUUAGACCUGUUUAGCAGCACCUGCUGAACAAAAUCCAGAGAAAGCAAGAAGUUCAGUCAAACCACAAUCGAAUCCUACAUUCAGAUCGACUUAUGAACCAGAAUCAAGUCUUUGUAAAUAUGGUGAACACUCUCAGAAGAAAAGGGGGGCUAAACUGUCAGUAUGUCAGCUGUUCAACAAAUUCAACAUUCUGUUGAAAUACUAAUUACCUGGUUUGAGUGACCAAUGACUUUAAAAGAUGAUAUCUGACAGAUUCUGUUCAUUUGCUUGCUUUCCAUUGGGUUGGUGUUUUGCAAUAGUGGGGCAGCAUAUUGUCUGACCCUUUUAAUUUAGUUAUUAUUACACCUUGUGGUCAAAAAUGGGAACUGCAACAAGCUCUAAAAGUAGCCCACUGGGGCAGGAAUCACAGUGCCCCAAGCUCAUGUUAUAAACACUUUCCAAUAUCAGGAGCAGCAUUGGCAAAGUUGCCAGAUUUGUCUAGUCUAAAACACCUGAUGGAUGAUCUUGUUUUAAAAACUCCAUAAACAAAGCCAGAUUGUAAGUGUAGGCAGUGUGUAUAUAUGGGUAUAUGGGUAUAUAGCCUUCAUUGCAAAGAUUGGGUAAUGAAGGGAGAUCAGAAAAUGUGUGUGCACCAUAUCACACACUAAGGUUAUAAAAGAUGUGUCUCUCUUUUCAAUUGCCUGAUUAUUUCGGCUGUAAUAUCCAAUGCAGUUGAACAAAAGGUUUGUUCUAAACGGCUUGAAAUAAUCUGCUAGACUGUAUAUGUUGUAGACUCUCAAAUGCCUUUUUUACGGGGUUAUUUUAAAUAGUCCCUUGAUGGCAUUGUAGCAUGACACAUAGUAGAUAGAAUAUGUCAAAUGGGAUAGCCUUUAGACUUUUUAGAAUUUUGUUGUCCUAUAGGGUCAAAAUCUGGGGCUGCUGCUGUAAACAAUGUGGUAGACUGGUAGCAUGCACCUUUUCUACCUUUAGUAUUGAACAUUAAAAUUCCUGCCAGAACUUUAAAAGAUUAUGUUGUUACAAUGGUAUCUGUCAAGCAAAUGGUGGGAUAUAUUAGUCAGUUCCCAAAGGUGGUGAGUUGGAAGCAUGCGUAAAGAUCAGGACGAUUUUAACAAGGGGUAAAUUGUGAUGACUAGACAACUGGGUCAACGCAUCUCCAAAACAGCAGAUCUUGUGGGGUGUUCCAGGUAUACAGUGGGUAGUACUUACUAAAAGUGGUUCAAGGAAGGACAACCCAUGGACCAUUGACAGGAGUCAUGGCUGCCCAGGGCUCACUGAUGAGCACAGGGAGUGAAGGCUAGACCGCCUGGUCCAAAUACACAAAAUAUCUACUAUAGCACAAAUUGCUGGCUAUGAUAGAAAGGUGUCAGAACACACACACAGAUCUGUUGCUAACGUCUUGGUGUCUUGUGGAGUCCUUGCCUCAAUGGGUCAGAGCUGUUUCAGAGACACAAGGUUAACCAACAACCAUAUUAGGCAAGUGGUUUUAAUAUUAUGAUGGGUACGAAAGGUGCAUGUGGUGUACUUUUAAAACUGAACAAAGGUCAUUAAAUCUUAAAGGUGCACUACAUUCACAAUACAAUGUGACAGACACAAAAUGUACAAACGCGUACAAUUAGUGUCCCCUGACCGCUGUCAAGGUUAAUUAAGCACCCUUUUUUUCUGAGAGUGCAUGACAAUGUGGGGCAGUGUGCUUUUUUGUUUGUUGUAUAAAAUUGUUAUUUAUUUAUUUUAUUUUUUUUUAUUUUUUUAUUUUAUUUCCUGGGAGUUUCUGAUUUUGUUAGUAAUGGUGGCAUUAUUAGCCAUGCUCACUGAAAUAAAAUAAUUAAAAAAAAAAGCUCUAUAGAUAUUAAUAUACAUUUUUUUGUGUUUAGAUUGAAUACACAGUAA